ACGGCACCCUCGGGCCUCAGGUCCCACACGCUCCUCACCUCCGCCCGUGGCCCCGGGCGGGCGGUACCCUCACCGCCGGGCCCACCGCCUGCGCCCCCUCCGCUCCGCCCCCACAAGGCCACAAACAGCCGACCGCCCCCUCCCCGCCUGGCCGCGACCCGCGCCCAGACACACACACACGAGCGCACGCAGGCAGGCAGGCAGAGGAGGGGGCUGCGCGAAGCGAGGCGACGCGCGGUGGCCGGUGGUGGGGGCGGCGAGGGAAGCGAGGCGGGGGACGCGGGGGGUCGGCGGACGCCUCUCCGCUGACUCUCCUCAGUCGGUGGGAGCGGGAGGUGCGCGGCGCGGGGGGAGCUGACUGUCCGGGCACCCAACGGUCGGCACCACGGCGGAGGCCAACGGCGGCGGGGGCGGGGACCCCGGGGCCGCGGCGAGGCGGCGCUGGGAUCUCCCCGGAGAGACGGCCGGGAACAUUGCAAUGGGGAAAGAAGUUGUUGAUAUGUCUACUGAUGAAGAAUCAGAUUGUGUAGUUAUAUGUCCACCUAAUGGAAAUGCUGAUCAUGAGGAAGUUGUGAGUGGCAGCCAUGAUGAAGAUUCUUCAGGAAGGCAAGAGAACCCUUAUGCUAUGAACUCACAUAUGGACAGCAACAGCCAGGAAUAUGUGUCUGUAAACCCAGACCUGCCCAAGGUGAUUCAUCAUCAGGAGUCUUCUCUCAGCAAUACACCAGCAAAGCGUGCAGUAGCUAGACAGCAAGGGUCUAGCCAUACUGUCCCUGAGCCAUGCACUGUUGCACCUGAAAGAAGGUCAUCUGGAGCAGGAAAUUGUGCUCCAAUUCCUCAUCCCUCCAGCAGUGGGGAAAAACUUUCGGAUAAAAGUAGCUCCUCACCAAGAAGCAUGGCAAAGAAGAGUCCAUCAGUCACACCCAGGAAGCCUCUCCAAUCGGACAAUACUUCUCAUAGUCAAGAAGAGGACUCAUAUUCUGUCACUUCUUCAACUGUAACUUCAGCAAGAGCUGGAAAAACUAAGAAGACAACUGUUGCUAUUGCACCUACAUUCGUCUGUGCUAAUCGUGCUGAGAAGAGAGGAGAGUUUUACACAAAAUUAGAAGAGAAGCGCAAGGCUUUGGAAGAGGAGAAACUCCAAGCAGAGGCCAGAAAGAGGGAAGAGGAAGAAGAAGCUCUAAGACAACUGAGGAAGAACUUGGUCGUUCGAGCAAAACCCAUGCCAAGCUUCUACCAAGAAGGACCCCCACCAAAGGUUGAACUUAAGAAGGUGCCUCCAACUCGUGCCAAGUCACCAAAAUUGACACGGAGAAAGAGCUGCAGUGACACCCCUCAUACACCAGAGGGAGGAAAUGGCAGUGCAGUAUGCUGCCGGUUGCAUCGUCACAGCAUCAGCAACUCCAAAGAUGCCAGCAGCAAGGCACAAUGUUCUCCAAAGAGCGCUUCAAAGACGGGAUCAGCUACUAAAUCCAGGGUCACCAAAUCCAGGGAAGACCUGAAGGCUUCCAUGAAGAAAGUGGGACAGCCAAGCGCCGCAAACUUCACUGUACAAACCUAACUCAUGAGGCAUUCACACCCAUGCCAUUUUUCAUUUUAAUUUAUACCUCACAUCACCAAAAAGAUGGCCUCAUGCCCCUACAACAGUGUGUUUGUUGAUGGAUUAUUUUUGCAUUGUCCUUGUAAGAACCUGGCUACCAGAGAGACCAUGCACUGUUCCGUCUUGUAAAUUUGUUGAAGGUUUUGUAUGGGGUAACCGAGUCAGUCCUGUGAGAACCAGCAGGCAGCCGAUGAGCUGUUGGAGUGACAUAUUGUCAUUGUGUGGCGGCAUUCGCAGAUCCUAUGUAUUGUAUCUGAGCUGUAACUUAUUGUGGGCAUUGGCAAAGCGAUUCUGAUUGUUGUCGCAAAAUUUGGUCAGGUCAUGUUUCAAUGAAUUAUCCUUAUGAAUUGGAAGC